AAGCAUUUUGAUUUUAUACGGUAUUCUAUUUUUAUCCUGCAAACUCUGCCUCCUCUGUUUCUCAGUCAACGUCUCCCAACCCCGAAAUUUUCACAAACCAAUCCGAACAAUUCAAAUCCAUUUCUGGGUUUUGUUCUUCACUCCCCAAUCUCAAAUGGGCCGGAAGCCAAAUGACCCUGAAUCUACCCGUUGGGCCUCUCUGGUCCUCCUCGUGAUGGGUCUCGUGUCCUGUUCUCUGGUCUACACCUUCCUCACUACGGUGCUCAGACCCGGCAACAGUUCUUCGGAUUCAGAGCUUGAUUCCUCGGCAUUGGCUUCUGUUGAUCAUGGAGGAGCGCUGGAUGAUAAUGGUGGGUGCUGUAGAGGAAUCGAGAAUUUGGAGCUUUGGGGUGCUGCUGUGAAGUGGGGUUCGGAGUUCAAGUUCAAUUCUUCCGAGGAGUGUUGUAGGGCUUGCAAGGCCAUGUGCAGUGGGAGUGAUGGGCCGUGUUUGUGUGACUCCUGGGUGUUCUGUGGAAAUAAGGAAGCCUGUGGGUCUCAAUUCGGUGAGUGCUGGUUGAAGAAGCAGAAGGAUACCUUGGCCCCUGCUCAACAGGAAAAUGAAAAAAGUGUUCGGUGGACUUCUGGGCUUGUCUUUGGGAAAGGAGAGGGUAUUGUUGGCUUGGAAACAGAAUAUGGUACUCUUCAUAUUAAACUUUACCCUGACUGUGCCCCGCAUUCUGUGGUUUACAUUCUCGAGUUGUUGUCGUUACGUCACUGUGCGGGUUGCCAAUUCUAUCGUGCAGAGGGCCGUGGGCAAUUAUGGGAUUCCGAAGGAAACCACAUAAAAAAUGCUCCUCUUGGUUCUCCAUAUGCACUCAUUCAAGGAACAUUGGAAGUCCAGGGGAAUGCAUUCUUUAAGAUUGCAACAGAAGUUUGCCCAACCAUAAGAAGGGGUUCAGUUGCAUGGAUUAAUUCUGGCCCUGAAUUCUUUAUAAGCUUAGCAAACCAUGAAGAAUGGAAUAAAGUAUACACCGUGUUUGGUUCUGUUCUUCCUGAAGACAUGGAUAUUGCUGAGAAAAUAGCUCAGCUCCCAACCAAGUCAGACGUUUGGAACAAUAUUAAUGUGUCUGUCUUGCAGAAACCUGUUCCCUUGCGAAUGCGAAGAAUCAAGGGAAGUCAGGGAGUUCUCAGUGAUGAUGUAGACUCAAGUUGAAUGGUUCUGUGAUGUAUGAUUUCAUGGUUUUGUGCAACUGGGCUUCUUCUCAUCUGAAACUGUAUGUAACUUGUUUUGGCUGCCACUUUCAGAUAAAUAACCUAAAAUUUUCACC